CACAGGAUCGAAAGACACACAUAGAAGUGACACAGAAAGGACGAAAGACACCGUGCCGCUCAGCUCCUGCUAUGCUUUAGCGCCGGCAACGUUACGCGCCCGAGUCAUGUGAACGGUGUGAUAAGAGAAGGACCGACAAGAACGUCCAGAGAGCACGAAUCUAACUCGACAGCACGGACGGAGCCUGAGAUGUGACAGUAGGACAAGAAGCCGGUAUCGAACAGUGACCACGCGGGUAUUAAACGAAAAAUUGAAGCGAAUAGUCCGGAGUUUAACGAAAAAAAAAAUUCUGUCGCGAACUGCUCGCUGGCUCGUGCAUAAAAUAAAAUAACGCGACAGUUUUCGCCAGGACUUUUCCGAAGGUGAAAAUGCUGGUCGAGAAGGACUUUUGAGAGUGGAGGAGACAAGGGGUGUGGAACGCGGUCCUAGAGGAAGUGGGUUUAGGGGAGUUAUGGGGAAAAAGACGAGGAAAACUAGGUGGCGCACUUUGGCCAUCGGAGAUGAACAAAGUGACAGCGAAGAGUCCAACUCAACCCUUGACACCAGAGUACCUCCAACGUAUCACCAGAAAUAUUACAAUAGGUUCACUUAUUCUAGUCAAUCAACACCAACAAGAAGGUAUCAAAGCGAUAGUAACAAAUCUACAAGAUCGAGCAGUACAGCUAGUGAGAAUAAAAUUACUUUUAAUGAAGAUGAAUAUACGAGGAUAACAACCCCUAGACAAGAUGUGCUAUUCAAAAAAGGUUACCUGAACAAACCCAAAACAUAUUCCACCCAAACAUCAACAGGAAACUCCUCGACAUCUACAGGCAAUUCUACAGGAAAUGGUACGCCCGAGUACCAGAGCACAGACUUAGAAUAUGAAUCACAAUUUAUGUUCCCGAAUGGUUUCCUAGAUCAAAAUGGAAUCUAUUAUGUUAAUAGUUAUGAACCGUAUCCCUUGAUGGUGUACAAUGCCCCGACGACGUAUUACAACAAUGACAGUUGCGAGAGGUCGAAAAAAUACAGUACGGAAUCUUUGGCCGACACUGCGAGCACGUCGAAUGAAGAAACCUCUCAGGAAACGGCGAAUUACAACGGAGUCGGCCAUGGCGAAGAGAUACAACAAACCACGCCGCCCCAGCAAGUCAACGGCCACCACCCCCAACCCCAUAUGCCGCCUGCUGCCGACUACGGACAGGUGUACAAUGUGGUCUAUCCAGGAUUUUAUUACAACGGUCUGUGUCCUCCACAAGAAUUGGUCAACUGCCAGAACCACAACUUGGAACAGCCGAAGAGGAUAAAGAGGCGCAGGCGCAGAAAAUUCCCGGACUCCGAGAUGACAGGCGAUCAAAUGCAGAACGGUAACGCUUCCGAGUAUACUGAAGACGAAUUCAGCUCUGUGGAAGAAGAAGAAGAACCCGCUAAUGACGAGAGACCGGCAUCGGAAGACCCGCCUUCGCCCGACCACUCGACGUCUGUGUCCCCACCUACCGAAAACCAAACGAACGAAAACUCCGAAGCGGAAGCUUCAUCUCCCGAUGCCAUGGACGUCCCAUGCGAUUCGAACGAUACAGCCGCAGCAUCAGACGUCAACUGUGAUACCGAAAAGCCACCAGUCGUCGAAGAUGGCGCUCACUGUAAUGACACUUCUGAUAAUUCCACCGUCGAUGAGAACCAAGAAGAGAAGAAGGUGAAAUAUGACCUUAAGCCAGACGCGCAGGAGUUCGUGCCAAGGGCUUUGCGUCCGGAGAACCUUCAGUAUUUCAAAAUACAACCAGGGUUCGUGCCAAUCCCUAUGAUGAGCCCUAUGGGUGCUCCUCCUUACGGACAUCCUGCGUAUUUGCCGCAUGGUAUGCCUUUGGGUUAUAUCCAGCAGAACCCAGCCAUGUAUCCAGGUUUUGUGCCAGGUUACAUCCCAGCCUUCAACCCUGAAUCUAUCCAAACCCCAAUCGGUGCUACGGUAAAUGAAAUUACGCCAAUGGAUGUGGCACCAGAUCAUCAACAAGAAUCGAGAAAUAAAAAUGAUAUCGAUAUCAACACUGUUGUUUCAAAACUGGAAGAAGUUGCUAAUGAUUCUCAAAAACCUGAUAAGAGGAACGCUUCGCCUUACAAGAAACCUAGAAACUAUGAAGAUCGCAAAAAAUUCUUCCACAAAAAUAACAAUAACCAAAGUGGAUUUUACCAGAAAAAAACAAAUGUUAAGUAUCAAACCAUCAACAAUAGCGUUGCUAAUCCCAGCUCAAAUCUGCAUAAAGAUGAUUCGAACGAUACGAAGGAAUGUUCCAAAAUAAUAGAAGAACCAAUUCUAGAAUGCCCUCAAGAAGAACACGUGAAUACAGUGGCAGUUCCAGAAAUUCUUCCUGAAAGCAAAGAUCCACCGUUACAACCAGAUACACCGAAUGAACAAAAAGAAGUGUCACAAUCCAGUAUGAAAUCCAAAUCGAAUGAGGACGUUACGUCGCCAAAACUGCCAGAAGUAAUACCCAAAGAAAAAGCGAUGGAUGUGGAGAAGCCAAUAAAUUCUCCUAAAUUUCAGCAGAGACCGACGAACUCCAACAAGUCGGAAACUCCGAAAACGCCCAACAAAGACAAUAACUACUCUGAUCCAAGAAUGAGGUGGCCAAGAAGAGAAGAGAAAAAUUUCCAAAGGUGGGAUCAAGGAGAGGAAAGAUCAAAUCAAGGUUAUAAACAGAAUAACAGUCCGAAUUACAGGUUCAACCAGAAGUUCACCCCGAAUAGCCCGGCCAGGAAACAAAAUGGCGUUCAAACAAACCAUCAUUACAAUGAUAACACGAAGAAAUACUCUGAAACGGUGAAGAAGACUCAAUCUAUCGCUUCGAAACCCGUUAUUAGAGAAAACACCACAAAGACUUUCAAUGAAAUAAAACCAGUAAUACCUGAAGUAACAAAUACUCCAACGAAUAAAACACAGUGGAUAUCUGUAUCAAACAAAAAGAAGAGACGGAACAAAAAUAUCGAAGAUAACACUAAUGGCUCCGAGACACCCAUAGAAGAGAAAGAAGAAGAAGAGAAGAAACCCGAACCCUCAGUUGUUGGAAUAGAAGAUUUCCAACAGAAUGCAUUUUUGCAAAACAUCAUAAACGGCCAUUCUAAAGUUGAAGAAUCUGAAAAAAUCGAGUCAGUUAGUGAUAUUAUCAGGAAAAGUCCAGUCAAAAUUUUGGAAGUUAGGGACUUGGAGAAAGAACUGCUGAGUAACGUUGGCGUCGAAAUUAAAGAAGAAAAUGAUUCUCUAAUAGCAGAGGUAAAAAUCAUCGAACCGACCAAACAGAAGUUGAGUUCGAAGAAGAAAUCCAAGAAGGGCAGUCAAAAACAAACCACUAAACGUGUGUUCAUAACAGAUUUAGAUUUGUCUGGCCUUAAUCCUGGAGGCAAGCAGGAAGAACAAAAAGAAGAUCUUGAAGAAUCUGGAGAGAUCGUUGAAGGCAUUGAAAAAAUUGCUACGGAUGAAACACAGAAUGUUGAAUCCAAAGUUGAUAUAGUUACAGAAGUAGAAGAAGAGGUAGUGAUCGAAAAAGAAUUUUCAGAGAAAGAAGUUCCCAAGCAAGAGGUAAUCCCGCUGGAACAAACUGAAAAGAAGAGCAAGAAGAAGAAGAAGAAAUCGAAAAGUGUCGAAACCACUGCGAGCACACCAACGAAUUCAGAAAAUACAUACGAUUUCCUACUGGAAAAUACCUUGUCGAAUAAUUCAGACGACAAAACCAACAUGGAAAUAUCUCAAGAGCUUGAUUUGAUCAUUCAAAGGGGUAUGUACAACAGUCUGGAAGAGAAAAUCAAAGCUCUGAACAUUAUACCCAUAAAGGAGGAAUUUUUCCAAUCGGUAGUUCGAAGCAGCAGGGAGUCAAGCACAGAAAAAACACCAGAGUUUACGAAACUUUUGGCGAACUCCAUGCCAAAAUUUAAAUAUUGUAUGGCUUCCGUCGAAGACGAAACUCCGAAAACAAUGAUCGAUUUAAGCCAACCAUCUACGUCCAGAAACGAUUUAUUCGUUGAAAAUCCUGAAGUAAACGAACUUCUGAAGGAUAUAUACGGCAAGGAAGGUACACCUGAAGCUGAAAUUGGAGAAUUGAUCACCAGAUUGUCGCCUCCAAAGGAAAUAAUUGUGGAAAGAGUAAAAGAAGAAUCUGUUGAGAGAAAAUUAAAUAAAACACAAGAGAACAACGAACCGGAUAAAGAAAAACUAUAUCCAAUAACGCAAGCCGUUAAAAACUGGAUGAGUAAAACGAGAGAAAACACACCGGAGGUAGAGAUACUGAAGAGUCCAAGUAAGAUAUUCAAGGAAUUCUGCGACAUGGACGACUCAACCAGAAACGUCCUCACCAACGGUAAGAGAAACAGCGCCAUCUCUGAAAGCGACGACGAAGUUACCGUCUACUCCGCGUCCAGAAACAACAGCGGAGCGGCCGACCUGUUGGACUGUUGGGAAAACGAGAUUUCCCUGGAUUCCAACGGUCGAACGUCGAUAGAAAACACAGAAUCCAAGGGUAACAGUGACACCAACGAAGACGAAGAGGUAUUGGAGGUAUACGAAAGCAAGUAUGGUCAAAACGAGGACUUCUUGGAACUCCAAAGGGAGAUCGAAGAGAAGAAGAAGCAGGAGCAGGAUGCCAGAUCCAGAAACUUCCCUAAACACGGCGCGCUUCCGUACCGCGCCAUCUGUUGUAACGUCAUGUGACAAUUGCGAACCGAAGAACUCGACUCUAAUUUUAAGUGAAAACCUCCGCCAAAAAACUGUCAAUAAAGUGCUACGCGAAUCAACGUGUGCAAAAAUCCCGUUAUAUUUGAAGUUGAUAAUAACAAAAAACAAAAACUGUGAUCAAAACGUACCUUUUGAACGUUUCUAAAUGGGAACGGACUAUUGUAAUUGGUCAGCCUGACACGCCGCGCCGGGCCGAAUCGAAAAUGUUUUUCUUUGCGCCUGGAAGGGCAGUUUAUUGAAUGAAGGUUGUAAUAUUUAAUAUGCUCAAUCGAUAUUUUCUAUUAGUGUAGGAAUUUAAUUCAUAUCAGCGCGAUUCAUGUUUAAAUUCGGUGCCACUUUUUGUGUCUGUUCAUUUUCCUUUUGAUGCGAAGAGCUGAAACCUGUCUGAUGGCACCACCUGGGAGUACGGUAGUCGUUCCUAGACUUGUCUUUCGCGUUGAGUGCAGAAUCCAAACAAAAUUUACUUCCAAGUGAACAAAGAGACAAUAUCUUUGGGUAUUUCCAAAUGUGAUACAGAUUACCUCCAAACUGAUGUAAGGCUUUGUUGUUAAGGAUUUUCUUCGUCCUUGUCUCUAUUUUCAUCGAACGGGAUUCUCUAAUUAAAUUCAUUUCAUUUGAGGAAAUCCUCGCGUUGAAUCUACACAUGACAUUUUUCACCAGGUUAAUUCAUUGUCACAAUCGUCAAAUAGUCGACCAAGGCUUUUCGCUACUCGAAAAGACUGCUGGAAAACUGUUUUUACUGUUAUUGACAUAUGGGUUAACUGAUGUAAUACACUGCCUCCUUCGAUGGUAAGCAGCAUCCCAGUGGUUCAACUUUUCGCGAGUUUCUUGAUAUUGUCUCAUAUGUGAUUUCAGUCCAUGAAAUUCUCUAAUAUGAACAAAAAAUUCGGACACUUAUCAAGAUCGAUUUUAUUCAAGUAUCUGUAGUGCCAUAACGUUAUCCCCCGCCCCACUUCAUCAACUCCACAAACUUCAAAAGUAUCUUUUAUUAAUUCAUAAUACCUUCACAUCUACCAUUGUCAUUGUUGCAUUGUGAAGUAAUCGUAUACAUGCUUCAUGAUAACACCAUUAGUUUUAACAUCUAAGUACAUAUUACAAAGUUAUUGUUGAUAUGCUAUAAAUAGUCUGUUAUUUUUCGCAAAGUUCAUCACGUUAUAUCUAUAAUGUAGAGCUUUAUUUUUAUGUGACAAACAGUAAUUUUAAGUCCCACUCGUGGUAAUGCACACAGGUCUAACCUCGAAAAUUUGACAGCUAAAAUUGUUUUGACACUUACUACUUAACUGUUAUAUUACCAAUUGAUGUUGACCUGGAGUUGAAAUUGUUCUAAAGAGAUUGUUACACUGUUCGUCAAUUUUUAGCUGUUUAACUGUAAUACAAAAAUUAUAUUGGGUUGUAUGAUGAAAAUUCUCCACUUGAACGACUUCAAACACACAUAAUUUGUUGAUCCCAUUUCUUCAAUGGAAGAUUUUUGGAUUGAGGAAAUUAUAUAUCGUGCAAUGUUUUGAAGUUGAAACCGGGUUUGAGGAUAUUUGAAAAGACUGCUUAGUAAUUCCUUGCUCAAAAUGGAAAGAAAAAGUUGUUCAUGUUUGAUAAAGUUGUUGAACAAUAACCCGCAGAUGUGAUUUGGAUGGUUCGGAAUUCGGUGUUUGAGAAUUGGUAAUGUUACAAUUUGUAGUAAAGAAACCCGGCCUAUAAACCAUAAAUAAUAGACUGAGAAUUUCACCCUUUGUUAUAUGUUCAAGAUGGCGGCGAUGAAUAAUGUUCAACCGCUUUUGUAUUUCUGUUGAAACGAAGAUUUAAAUGUAUUUUCUUGGUACGAGAAUUAUGUCAUUUUUAUAGUUGUAUUUAAUUUAGGAAAGUGUAUCAAUCAACUAUUUGAUACAUUUUAUAAUUAAUUUUACAAUAAUUAAUUGUUAACUAGUAUUUAGGAUUUUUGUGUCGAAAUUUAGUUUAAUUCUUUUUGGAAAUUUAGGCAAGAUUAAUUAGAGAAUUCAUAUAGCUGCUAUGAAACGAAGGAAUCCUUGCCUUAUUUUGUUCUUUUAGCUUUAGAAUGGUUAUUAUGUAGGAAAUGAUAAUAAUAUAAGCAAAUUGAAGUCAGGUAAGGUUAAUGUAGGGCAAUUUUUUUUAUUAGUAUCACCAAGCAACUCAAAAAACUAAUGUUCAUUGAAAAAUUUCAAGAAUUAGCGGUUUCAAUAAAUUGUGAGUCAUCAAAAGACAUAUGUAUGCAUCUGUAGGUUUGCAAGUUUUGAGUAUGUAUGAAUAUGUUUUUUCUUCGUUUUUUUUUCAGUUUGUUAAUUAUAUUUGUGUAUAUUCGAGUUUACUUAAUUCGUUGUUGAAUUGUUUGUUAUUUUUUUGAGAUUUGUGCCUUCGCAAUAUUUGUAAAAUAAAAGAUGAAGUUGU